CUACCAGAGGGUGGCGUUGCAAGUCCAAGAAAGCAGAAGGUGGGUUCAAAGUGAAAUGUAGGGCGGUGGACAUGGACUGCCUCUGCUCUUCCAUAACGUGUUCAGUCGUCACCUGGAUUCCCCUUGAGAGGCCAUGUACCCUGUAGACCUUCCAGCUGUAGAUGACACUGAUCUGACAUCAGCAUCUGAACAGUACCUCUCUUCUUUGGAGUCAAGACCUCUUCAUAAUGAGUGGUUUCAGUCAUCGCAGUUGUCAAAGGUAGCGAUAACAGCAAACAAUGUAAGGCGGUUGCAGCUGUUUGAAGAUGACCAACCUGACUGUACAGUGCUGGCGCUUCACCCUCCUGAUGAUCCAACACGAGUGGCAGCUUUAUACCUGCAUGAGAAGUGGUGGUGUUUGGAUGAUGUCUUACGAACGUCUAACAAAUCCAGAAGUGGCUUAAUGUUGGUGCAGUCAAUUAUGGAGAGAGUGAUUGUGUUCCUGCUCAGUCGGGUAGUGGAGCGGUCAUCACACGAGGAGGUGGUGUUCUCCCUGCACCCUCGCACAGAGAGCUGCAAACUGCUGUGGAGAGACAGCCAGGCGGUCGGCUUCUACACCGUCAAGCACAAAGGCAGCCUGUGUGACAGCUGGAGCGCUCGCUGCUACCUGCUGCCUGUCCUGGACACAGUGCUGGUGAGGAGGAGCUGGAGGAGGAGAGGCUUUGGCCUUCAAAUGCUGAAGGAUUUGUGCUCCUCGUUCUCCACAGAGGGGUUUCUGGGAGUCAGUUCUCCACUAUCACCCAACAUGGUGGCAGUGUGCAGGAGGUUCCUGCAGCAGCAUGAGGAACAUCGGGACCGUCUGUAUGAGGUGGAGGCUCCAGGGGGCUGGACUCAGCGACGAAACAUCUGGCUCAACCUGCAGCUAGGCCGCUACCCCCUCAAUAUUAAUGAGAGCAGUCCAACAUCAGGAGAAACACAGAGGAAUGAAGAUGACUCCUCUCAGAAGAUGCAGACUUCCAAUUGUAAACUGGACUUGACCUCACUGAGCACCUGUGAUGUGAACAUUCCAUUGGUAAUACGCUCUUCUGAACAACAAAUUAAACCUUAUGAUCCAAGCCGAGGAGAAAUCUCCCCAAGCUGCAAAAGUUCUCAAACAGGAUGUAGCCCUGCAGCCCACGCCAAUGAUCCGGACCCUGGAUCUCCCACCAGACCACCAGAGUCCGUAAACACAACACAAGCUCUGAAAUCCAAGCCCUCUCUAUCUGCAGAGCCCCGCAGAGAGAAGCCAGGGGAAACACAAAGAAGUACCAAACGAGUCAGAAGGACAUGAGGUUACAGAUACAAGCACUGUGUGCAACAGCAGCCCUCAGACACUAAGUGGAUGCUAAAUCCACCUGAACUGUAUGAAAUGAGGUUUGCAGACCUUUUAAAACUGAUAUAUACAGUACAAUAUAAGUACGAUCACAACUGUUUGGGGCUUUGCAAACCAUGCUUCAAUGACAUCCAUCACUCUCCUGGUACUUUGUUUGGGUGGGACAAAUUGCAUUUUGAUUAAUGACCUCACUUAAUAUCCAGCAGAGCUCCACCCACCUUUACAUUUACAUUUAUUCAUUUAGCUGACGCUUUUAUCCAAAGCGACUUACAAUUGCUAUACAUGUCAGAGGUUGCACGCCUCUGGAGCAACUAGGGAUUAAGUGUCUUGUGUCAGGGACACAAUGGUGGACCCAAUGUGCCACCUUCAACCCAAGCGAGGUCAGAUAAAACUAAACAUGGUUCGACUUAAUCAAUCAAAUCAUACUAACAUCAUAUGUACAGCAUGGAAAGUAGCAUGGUGUUAAAAAAACAAUUUUGAAAUUGGAAAACUUGUCUUGUCUUUAUAAGUUGUAUAGACAUUUUGUGAAAUACGCUUUUUCCCCCCUUUUUUUGCUGAGAAUUAAAUGAAAAGAUUGAUACCACACUGAUGUCUGUAUAGUAAAUAUGAACCUACAGUCAUCGGCCAGUGAGCUUAGCUUAGCAGGAAAUAAAGGGGGUUAAACAAGGGGAAACAGGUGACAUGGUUCUGUAGCAAUAUCCAGCACCUCACUGCUCCUGGCCAAGAAAUAAUCCAGUUUUACAGUUUAGUUUUGUACAGUUCAGUUUUGCACCGAUUAAUCAAACAAGAUUUUAUUAGGUUACAUUUAGGAGAAGGUUCCAUGGGAAAUAAGCUCAUUAGAGGGUUUUCUUAUCUUACUGUCUUUGAUAGGCCUUCAUCUCAGGGCAGUUGGUCCCCACUCCCUUCCCCCCUAAGACAGCUAUGUAAUAUAAAGUCACCUGUUUCUUCACUGGCUCUUUGUCUUACAUCCUGCAGACUGUUUGCACUCUGAAUGUGUGUCGGACCCUUUGCAAAGAAUAAAACUCUUAAAAGACA